AUGGCUGCUCCAGGUGGGUGGAUGAAGAAAAUGUUCAAGCAUGAUGAAAUUGAAGGAUUUAAUUCAAAAAUCACGAGAACAAUCAGAAUUAGAGAGUACAACAUUAUUAAGUUGCUAAGAGAAGGAAUUAUUGUCAAGAGAUUAGAUGAGGUAGUAGCUUAUGCUUCCAGACAGCUUAAGAGUCACCAGAAGGGUUAUCUGGCUCACAAUUUAACGUUAGCAGCAAUGGUGUUAGCCAUAAAGAUUUGGCGUCACUAUUUAUAUCGAGUUCAUGUCGAUAUCUUCACAUAUCAUAAGAAUCUCCAAUAUACUUUCAAGAGGAGGGAGUUCAACAUUUUACAGAGAAGCUGGCUUGAGUUACUCAAGCAUUAUGAUAUCGAUAUUCUCUAUUAUCCAGAGAUAGGGAAUGUGGUAACAGAUGCUCUUAGUCAUGAUCCAUGGAAAUUUUAG